GCUCAUCCAGGAACUCUUCACUUCAUUCCACCCAAUUUGUGUGCAUUCGAGCCUGCUGAAUCCGUCAGCCCAUCGACAGGCUUGAAUACGCUAUUAUGGGUCGGCGGGAUGUUUGAUACCCUGCUCUCGGUACAGUAUCCGCUCGACAUAGCUCAGGCCUUACCAUCGACGUGGACUCUUCUCACGGCCUCUCUAGGAUCGGCAGGCAAAAGCUGGGGCGUCAGCAGCAUCGCGCAAGAUGCCGAGGACAUGGCUACUGUCAUAGCUUACGCCAAGAAGCAGCGACCACAUGGCAAGGUUGUCAUCAUGGGCCAUAGUACCGGCUGUCAAGACUGCAUGGAGUACCUUGUCGGUCCAAAAGCUGCGCAGAGACCUGCUGUGAGCGGCGUCAUCCUGCAAGCACCUGUGUCUGACCGCGAGGCGCUGAACCAUGAACUACCCGAAGCGAUAAUGCAUGAAGCGAACCAGCUUGCGCUGAAAAUGUGUCGGGAAGGCCACGACAAGGAUGCUAUGCCUCACAGACUAAGUAAGCUCGCCUUCGGUCGGAUGGCGAUUACUGCAAGACGCUGGGUCGAUGUUGCUUCGCCAGGUCCAGAUCAUACCGGCGCAGAUGAUUAUUUCUCUAGUGAUCUCUCGGACGAGCGACUGCAACGAACGUUCGGUACCCUUCCGUCAAGCACACCGCUCCUGAUCCUAUACAGCGGUAAUGAAGAGAACAUCCCGCCCACCAUUAGCAAAGAAGACCUGAUCUCACGGUGGACGUCCUCUGUGCAGAGUGGCGGAGGCCAAGUCGACACUGUCAAUGGUGGUAUCGUGGCCGGCGCAACGCACAAUUUGAACGGUAAUGCGAAACCAGUUAUCGACGACCUCGUUCGGCGCGUGAUCGGCUUCCUUAACCGCCUUGAC